AUGAUUAGAAAUUCAACAUUUAAUGUAAGUUCCCUCUUUCAUUGUCAAUAUAUUGAAGUUUAUUCACAUAAGUAUGAACACGAUCCGAUGUGGAGGCAAACGUACGCGGGAUGUUUGAUUUUGCUCAUGCUUCAGGAUAUGUAUAAAUUCAAUGUAAACUACGUAAACACAACAACAGAACAGAUAUUACAUCCAGACAUUAAUAAUUAUGUGGACAUCUACGUCAGACCGAUGACAAUGAAUAAACGGUAUUUGGAAUUCGCCUUUCCUGUUCACUCUGUUUUUGAAUGGAGAUUUGGCUUUAUACUUCGAUACAAGCAAAAGAAGAUCCUUCAGACAUUCUACAGCCUGCCGUUCACACCUCGAGUGUGGUGUUGUAUUAUUGUGAUCUUAUUUCUUAGCAGCUUGAUCUUUUACAUCCUAAGCUAUUGGGAAAAACGUAUUAUUGGUGGAGAAUGCAGCUAUUGCCAUGAAUUGCUACUUGCUUUUUCUGCUUUUUGUCAACACAUAUUACCACUGCAAGCUAACUUAUAUUCACGUCGUAUAGCCUACCUAUUUUUCAUCCUAUGCUCUUACGUCAUACAUUGCUUCUAUACAUCUAACCUUCUCUCACACAUAGUGAAUGAUAACGACAGAGCUAUGAAUCUACAAGCCUUGGCUAGGAGUGAUUAUGAGCUUGUAAUAAUACAAGAUACUUUAACAGCUCAUAGACCAAAUACACAUAUUAUACGAAUGGAUAAAAACCUGAGUCUCAUAAGCAAAAAAAUGGAUAACGUCAAAAUAAUGAAUGUUUCAUCCGCCUUAGAGGCACUCAAGGAUACGAAAACCGCAGUUUUGUCUGAUUUUACCUCGUUAUACCCUAUAAUAAAGAGAUCGUUGGACAAAGAUGCGAUAUGCGACCUUAUUGAAAUUGAUUUAUAUUCAAUGGUCAAGAAAUAUUUCUAUACGUCCAAACAGUUUCCGUUCAAGGAUGAAUUUAAGAUAGGGAUACUAAAAGCAAAAGAAACGGGUCUUGUUCGUCGAAUGUUACUGAAGAGUCAACAUGCCUUUUCUUGCAACGACCAUGAGAGAUCCUACACAGAUUAUACUAUUAUACCAGUAACAAGGUCAGAGGCAGAAUAUGUUAAGUUCGAAUUUUGUGAAAACUGCAUCAUGAAAAGUAACAUAGAGAGAUGA